AGACCAUGGGUGAUCUAUGGAUGAGACCCGCUCUGCCAGCCGUGCUCCGCUCCUCGAUUUGGCACAACCGAUCGGAGAGUCGAACGCGAAUCAACGUAUAUAUUCCGUUGUGUAUUAAUUAUCGAAGAGCUACAGAUACAGUUAGUCUAUUAAACUGUAAACUCAAAUGUAUUUAAAUAGAAACAUGAUAACAUUAAAUAUUGUCAAAUACGCCAAGGGAUCGUGGAAAAGCAUUCCCCGAGACAACAGAAACACUAGGUCAAUGUCGACAAUAAGUCCCAAGGAAAUUGAACACAUUUCUACUUUCAAAAACAUUUGGUGGGAUGAGAACGGCCCAUUAAGUGGCCUCCAUUCGUACAAUCCGUUCAGAAUACAACUUGUAAAAGAUGGACUGGUAAACGCCAAAAUCGUCAAAAUGCAAAAUUCAGAUCUUCCAUUGAAAGGAAUCAACAUUGCGGAUGUUGGCUGCGGCGGAGGUAUAUUAACCGAGGCUUUAGCUAAAGUAGGAGCGCAAGUAACCGGAAUAGACGCAUCGGCGGAAUUAAUAAACGUUGCUACAGAACAUGUAAAAUUAAAUCCCAACAUAUCAGAAAGAGUGAAUUACAUUCAGACAACCGUGGAAGAUUUCGCCGAAAACGAGAGAGAAACAUAUGAUGCUGUUGUAACUUCUGAAGUUUUGGAGCAUGUAGCAGAUCCACAAAUGUUUUUAAAGGAAUGUGUGAAAAUUGUGAAACCUGGCAAGUCGAUUUUUAUAACGACGAUAAACAGAACUCUAACAUCUUGGCUGUCCACUAUUGUAGCAGCCGAAUAUAUUUUCAGAUCUAUACCUCGUGGUACUCAUACAUGGAGUAAAUUUAUUGCUCCACACGAAGUUCAACGUAUACUGGAGAAUUAUGGCUGCAAAACAAAAUUGAUUUAUGGCUUUAACUUCAAUCCAUUGACAAAAAAUUGGUCUUGGUCGUCCACUACACCUACUUUUUAUGGACUUCAUGCAAUCAAACAAAACAAAAUUGGCACAUAAAUAAUUUUCAAAAAGUACAACUUUUUUUAUUAUUAAAUGCGUACGAAUGCUGUUAUAGCUAAUAAUAAGAUGCGAUUUGUCGAGCGACACAUAAAGUUAUCGUGUUUAUAAACGGUCUAUUGUGCCGAACAAUAAUCAAUUGUUUAAAUAUCACGUCAAUAAGUUACACAAUAGGGAGCAUGUCGAUAUGAUCCGAGCAGCAUGUAAUGAUAAUUUAUCUGCAGAGUAUUGUCCGCUACUACAUAAUCGGUGUAUUUUCGAAGAACAAUUCAAAGAGUGGAACGAAAUCUUUUAGUACCCGAAUCUUUUGCAUCGUGGCAAUUCUGUAAUUAACAGAAUAAAAAUUUGUUCAUUAAAAA